AUGACACAAUCCGAUUCCCAACUCCUCUCAAUAGUCCAGAAACAUUUGGAGCUCCCCGAAAACGAUGAAAAUGUUGUACUCAUUGCAAAGUUCUUAAUAAACUUAUAUGAAAAAUCUACCAGCCCAACACUUGAUGAAUUCAAAAAAGUUGUCAAAGAUAAUGGGGGUGACGAAUUUGAAGAUGAGUUCAUAAAGGAUGUUUACAAUCAAAUAUCACGUACCAGCAAACCACCUCAACCCAUAAGGGUAGGUGAAAUAUAUUCUGGAACUGUAGAAGGCUUAACGAACUAUGGUGCUUUUAUCAAGAUAGAGAAUACAUCUGGCCUAUGCCACAUUUCACAAAUGUCCUUUGACGGAUCACGAAUCGAGUCCACCAACAUCCUACAACCAAAGCAGAAGGUAUUUGCGAAAGUAAUCGAUAUUCAAGCCAAUCACACUAAAAUAUCCUUAUCAAUGCGAGGAAUAAACCAGACCACCGGACAAGAAGAGUCAAUACUCCGAGGAAGACACCAUGAGCGACAGCCAAGACCAAAAAGAAAGUUGACUUCUCCCGAGCGCUGGGAAAUACGCCAACUUAUCAGUUCUGGUGCAGUGUCUGCUGACGCCUACCCAGAAUUGGACGAGGAAGAAGAUAUAGAAAACCCACAUAAAGAAAAAACCAAUGAUUUGCAUAUCGAGUUGAACGAUAAGAAACCAGAUUUCUUGAAAAGUGUUAAAGUCACAAAAGACUUUCCUGAAACCAAUCCCAUUCCUGUUAACCGGCUGGGUCCAUUAAGCAAAUCAGCGCAAAGAGGAUCCAAGUUUGCCAGAGACUUCAAGGAAGAAAAGUUGAAACAAAAAAAGCAAAGACAAAAAGAAGAAAAAAUACAAUCAGAAAUGUCAGACCCGUUAUUUCAAACCUCAGAACCAGUAAGUAACGUCGACAUUGAUACCGAGUCGUUCAUUUCAAAAUGGAAAAAAUCCAACAAGACAGAGACAUUUGGGAAGCGGACCAGUCUUCCCAUACAGGAACAACGAUGCAUGUUGCCUGUGUACGCCAUGCGAACACAAUUAGUUGAAGCCAUACGGGAGAACCAGUUUGUAGUGAUUGUUGGAGAAACAGGCUCAGGGAAAACCACCCAAAUUGUUCAAUACAUAUAUGAAGAAGGAAUGAAUAAAAUCAACGGUGAUACAAAACUAAUAGGGUGCACCCAACCUAGAAGAGUUGCUGCUGAAUCGGUAGCAAAAAGAGUGUCUGAAGAAGUUGGGUGCCAGCUUGGAGAUACUGUUGGUUAUACUAUUAGAUUUGAAGACGUAACUAGUGAAAACACGGUAAUCAAGUACAUGACAGAUGGGAUGUUGGAACGUGAGGCGUUGAACGACCCGAAUAUGAACCGGUACUCAGUAAUCAUGUUGGAUGAAGCCCACGAAAGAACAAUUGCCACUGACGUUUUGUUUGCCUUGCUCAAAAAUGCCGCUAAACAAAACCCUAACCUAAAAGUGAUUGUUACUUCGGCAACCUUAGAUUCAAACAAGUUUUCUCGGUACUUUAACAAUUGCCCAAUUAUAACCAUUCCGGGAAGGACAUUCCCCGUAGAGGUACUAUACACAAAAGCACCAGAAAUGGAUUAUCUUGCUGCCGCAUUAGAGUCGGUUAUCCAAAUCCACGUUGCAGAACCUGCUGGCGACAUUUUAGUGUUUCUUACUGGUCAAGAGGAGAUUGAAACUAGCUGUGAGGCAUUACACGAACGAAUGAAAUUAUUAGGCGACAAUGUACCCGAGCUAAUAAUCCUCCCUGUAUACUCAGCACUUCCUUCAGAAAUGCAAACCCGUAUUUUUGAGCCAACUCCGCCUGGUUCAAGAAAAGUGAUUUUGGCUACCAAUAUUGCCGAGACAUCGAUCACCAUUGACGGAAUAUACUAUGUUGUUGACCCUGGGUUUGUUAAAAUAAAUAUGUACGAUUCCAAGUUGGGUAUGGAUUCUUUGAGGGUGACACCAAUAAGCAAGGCACAAGCAAACCAACGUAGUGGUAGAGCAGGGAGAACCGGCCCUGGAAAAUGCUACAGAUUAUACACCGAACAGGCUUACGAAAAGGAAAUGAUACCAAAUACCAUCCCUGAAAUACAAAGACAAAAUCUAUCUCACACAAUUCUAAUGUUAAAAGCAAUGGGGAUUCACGAUCUUGUAAAUUUCGAAUUUAUGGACCCACCAUCCACCACCACCAUGCUUACUGCACUAGAGGAUUUGUAUAUUCUUGAUGCACUAGACGAUAAUGGGAAUUUGACAACUUUAGGAAGGAAAAUGGCAGAUUUACCAAUGGAACCUGCACUUGCAAAGACAUUAAUCCAAUCUGUUGAAUACGAAUGUACAGAAGAAAUUCUAAGCAUUGUUGCCAUGUUGUCGGUACAAACGAUAUUUUACCGCCCAAAAGAUAAACAAGCAUUGGCUGACCAGCGAAAAACUCGAUUCCACCACUCCUUAGGUGACCACUUAACUUUGCUAAACGUUUUCCAACUGUGGUGUCGCAACAAUUAUAGUAAAACAUGGUGUCGAGAUAAUUUCAUACAAGAAAGAAGCAUGCGUCGGGCUAUGGAGGUACGAAAACAGCUAAAGUUGAUUAUGCAUCGUUUUGGAUACAAGACCAUGUCGUGUGGCAAUGAUGUAGACCGGGUUAGGAGGACUUUCUGUUCUGGGUACUUUAAGAAUUCAGCCAAAAGGCAGGAAGGCGAAGGGUACAAAACACUAAACGAAAACACAUUGGUAUUCUUACACCCGUCGUCUUCUCUAUACGGCAAGAAACCGCAGUAUGUUAUUUACCACACGUUAUUGCUUACAUCAAAAGAGUAUAUGCACUGUGUGACAAUCAUAGAUCCUAAUUGGCUAUAUGAACUUGCACCAAAGUACUUUAGACCCGCGGAUGCCAAAACCGUGCAAGAGAUCAAAAAGAAACAAAAAAUUGUGCCGCUAUUUUCUCGACAAAAGAAAGAUAGUUGGCGACUCAGUUCUCACCGCCCAGCUAAAAGGAGAUAG